AUGCUCCUCUUCCCCUCUGCAUCAGGCUCCUUGACUCAAAAAGAUGCGGCCUGCCGAGGUGCUUGCUGCGCCGGAAUCCGCGGCCGGGUGUUGGAACACCGGGAAAAGUGGAUCUCGGACCAGCCGGUGUGUGACGCCCGUGCCCGUGCCCGUGCCGGUUCAAGACGUAUCACGACUCAUCGGUCCUGUUCCCCCGCGGUGAGAAGGCUCACCGCGGCGCACUACUCCUAUCUUCGCGUCUUUGAGCAGAUUGGUAUCAAGAUGCAAGAUAUCAUGAAGUAUCAGGGCAUCAGCGACAGGCUCGCCAUCGUCGCCCGGUCGGGAUUCAUCGCCGUUUUUGACACGAGAACCCACUUCAAGGGGGUGAACAUCGCCAUGAUGGUGUCCUUUGCCUUUAAUACCAGGACUUUCUACUUCCUGUCCGUCGUAUGCAGCAUCACAAACGCCGUCGUCUUCUGA